AUGAGGACCACGUCGUUUUCCCUCGAGGUCAUAGCCCUUCUGUUUUUGACUCUGAUCCCAUGGCCGGGGCCCUCAGUCUUCAAAAUCACGUGCUCACGUGACAACUCCAAAAUCGUAAGGAAGGUCAUACAAAACAAAUGGUUUCCAGUUUUAGAAAGAUUUCAGGUAAAACUUCCCUUGGAGUGUCCGUUCCACCCAGCCCGAGACAUCUUCGCGCCGCAACACGCCGCCAAGCUGCAGCACCGGCCUUCCCAGUGGACGUGCGCCUUCUGCGGCAAGUCCUUCUACGAGGAACGACACCUCGACACGCACUUCGACCAGCGACACAAGAACCAGAUUAAUAAGGCGGAGGAUGCAGUAUGUCUGGCGGACUACUGCGAUAUCAUGCGAUGCCAGGUGUUGGUGGCGCACGGGCUGCUCAGCGGCGGAGUCGGGCCCAGCACGGACGUCGAGGUGUGGCAGGACGUGGAGGCGGCGCGCAAGGCGCUGGCGCCGGCGUCUCCUCGCAGCAUCGCGCGCGUGUCACGGAGACGCGCACGCGCCGCCCGCGUUCCGUCCCCUGCGCCUGAUUGCCCCACUACGGAGCCUCCAGACACGGAAGAUAAUGAAACAGCCGAAAAGCGAACAGAAGACAGCGAAGGGGACGCGAAUCAAACUGCCGAGUUAUGUGACGCUGACACAGUCGAGUCAGCACUGCCUGAUGACAGUCGCAGGCGGCGGCUGGCGGACCUGCAAGCGGAGAGGGCGGCCUGCGACCCGACGAAGCUCCAAGGCCUCAAAGUGCGAUGUGAAAGGAUCGUACAGGAGUGCAUCGCCACUUUGUUACUGCAGCUCAGCAUGCAUCAAUUCACUGAACUUGAAGAGGAAAUGCAGCGCGCCGUGUGUUGGUACCUGAGCUGCGACCGCUACUGGGAGGACACGGCGCCGACCGCGCGCGUGUUCCCGUGGCCACUUCUACUGGCGCUCGCUACCGGUCUGGCUCUAGCUCUAUGCAUGUGCUAUUACAUUAUAUGGAUCGUCUUCGAUUCAGAAGAGGGUAGCGUGGCGGGCAGCGCAUCAGUCUCCAUGACCACGCACUCCUCGCCGACGCGCGCCGAGCGGCUGGCCGCGGAGGACGCGCUGCUGGACGACCCCGACCACGACGACCACUACAUCUACGUCACCUACCCGCCUGAACUCAAGCGCCGCUUGCUCGAGAGCUGCUACAAUAGAACGACUCGACUAUGAGAUGCUCGGCGUCCAUGUCGAAUCUUCGCGCAUGCCUUUUGUACCGGUUCCCUAGAACUACUGUAGUGUUAGCUAAAACUGUCUGAUGUAGCCAAAUCCACUGUUGAACUGUAACUUACACCAACAGAUAUUUCGUCCUGAGAUAACGAUGCGAGACUGAGUGUAAGAUACGGUAAACAAAAUAAAAGAGUCGAUAUUUUACUGUUUGAUGUAUGGUUUUUAAAUAACAUUUACACACAGAUAUAGAAUUACUAUAUGUGCGUUGGAUUAAUACAUUUUUGUACGUGCUAAUUCUGUUUCGAAAGUUCGUUAAUGGGUAACAUCAAGAAAUUUAUUUGUAAAUUACAAUAAAAAUAAAAUAUCGACUGUUAACCGCGUUACGAAGAAAUGGAUCCCCCAAUACUUCUGUAGUCGACAAGUCUAAUUAGUGUUAUUGUUUUACUGUGAAGUAGGUAUGUUUAAAUAGAGUAGUUUGCUUUUAAACAAUUGGUGCCUAAUUUCCUCUAGUCAUACUGAAAAUUUUUGUUAUUUAGGUAGGAACAUUCCUAUGAGAAAUAUUUGUACAUAGCCUUCUUGCAAUUUGUUUAGUUAUAAUUAAGUAUAAUGGAUAAGAGUAAAUUUACAGGAAGCAAUCCAUUAUAAAAAUCGUAUAAAAAAUGUCCUCAUGUCCUAAAUCAAACCAAUCUUUCUAACAGAGGAUCUACUGUAAACCAGAAUUUAUAACUUAGUCUCAUAUUGAUGUAAGGAUUUGCAAUAUUUUUUAUACUUUAGAUCGAAAUCAAGACUCGAGAGGCUUUGUUCUCAUUCAGACAUUAUGCUUAAUGUUUACACGUACUGAUUUUAAAGUAAAGUUUCUUUUACUAAUUCAAUGCCUAGAUUUUAUUUUAAACAUUUUAGGAAGGACCAAUCACCUAUCAAUAUUAAAUUUGUAUUUUUAUCUUAAAUAAUUUUCAUUUCAUCACGUUCUUGGUAAAACUGAUAAAUAUGCCUAAAUUGACUUUUAGCAACGUUGUUGUAACCAGGAUUAAGCGCAUUGAUGAUAUUGUAUGGCUUUGUCUAUUUUUUUUUGGAUAAGCUUAUACACAUUGUCAUUAGCAAGCAAGUAAUUCAUCUCUCAUUCACUAUUCAUUCACCGUUAUUUCUUGUGCCUAGUAAUAAAAAUUUAUGAAAAGUUAGGCCCGUUAUAUACACUUGUACCGAUUCCGUUUUUAAAUGUUAGGAUAUUGAACGCAGCAAUUUAAAACCUGCCGCCGACAAAUUAAUGUAGCAGGUUUAAAUGCGUGAACCAUUUAAAUCACUACAUGUAAAUGUUUCCGAAAAGGUAUUACGCAUGUAUGCAGCGGGCCUUAAUCUACUUGUAAAUGCUUAAACGAGACUGAGGUUAAAGCAUUUUAAAGACAACAUAAAUCGAAAUAAUUUAAAGUCCCAUAUUAUUUCGAUUUCUGUUAAUACCAAUCUAGCGAUAUCUUCAGCUGUAAAUCUCACGAAAUCUAUGAUACUCACUAGCA